GCGGAGGGGGGGAGGUGCCGGCCCCGCCCCGCCGUGUCCGGGCGGCAGAUUGUCCUUUGAUGACAAAUGCACAUUUACUUUACUAUUUUAAUUCUGCUGACAGUUUGGGUAAGGAUGGCUCAGCUCCAGCAAGGAGGCCCGGAUGAAAAAGAGAAGACUACUGCAUUAAAGGAUUUAUUGUCUAGAAUAGACUUGGAUGAACUGAUGAAAAAAGAUGAGCCACCACUUGAAUUUCCUGAUACUCUGGAAGGAUUUGAGUACAUAUUUAAUGAAAAAGGACAAUUAAGACAUGCAAAAACUGGGGAGCCGUUUGUUUUUAAUUAUCGUGAAGAUUUGCAUAGAUGGAACCAAAAGCGCUAUGAAGCUCUUGGAGAGAUUAUUACUAAAUAUGUUUAUGGACUACUGGAAAAGGAAUGCCAUUUGAAAAAAGUAACUCUCCCGGUUGAUGCAACCGAGAGUGAACCAAAGAGCUUUAUUUUUAUGAGUGAAGAUGCCUUAACAAAUCCUGACAAACUGUUGGUCCUAAUCCAUGGUAAUGGUGUUGUCAGAGCAGGUCAGUGGGCUAGGAGACUUAUAAUUAACGAAGAUCUGGACAGUGGCACACAGAUACCAUACAUAAAGAGAGCUGUUGAGGAAGGCUAUGGAGUAAUAGUACUGAAUCCCAAUGAGAACUAUAUUGAAGUGGAGAAGACAAAAGCCCAAGUACAGCUGUCUUCUGAUAGCUCAGAUGAACCUGCAGAAAAGAGGGAAAGAAAAGAUAAAAUCCAGAAGGAAACAAAGAAGCGACGUGACUUCUAUGAGAAGUAUCGAAAUCCACAAAAAGAAAAAGAAACAAUGCAGAUGUAUAUUAGAGAUAAUGGAUCUCCUGAAGAACAUGCAAUUUAUGUUUGGGACCAUUUUAUUUCCCAGUCAGCAGCAGAGAAUGUGUUUUUUGUUGCUCACAGUUACGGUGGACUUGCAUUUGUAGAGUUGAUGAUUCAACGAGAGGCAGAAGUAAAGAAUAAGGUAACUGCUGUGGCGUUAACAGACUCUGUUCACAAUGUGUGGCAUCAAGAAGCUGGCAAAACUAUUCGAGAGUGGAUGCGAGAGAACUGUUUUAACUGGGUGUCCAGCUCCGAACCGCUGGAUACAGCCGUGGAGUCAAUGCUGCCUGACUGCCCCCGGGUCUCCGCAGCACUCUAGCCAGCUCCCAAGAAGCUCGGACAGCCCCAGCCCACCCAGAGGCAAGGGACAGUGCCAGGAUGAGGCGCAGGACCAAAGACCUGUGGACACUGCGGUGGUCGCCGCGGGCACGGUGGGCGUGCAAGAGGCAAGGUGUGCUGUGGUGGUGGCACCAUGCUGCAGGCGAUGCCCCACAUCCCUCCUGCGCUCAUGGUGUCCAACUGGCCUAUGCAGGAGGAUGCGGUCACGGCCCCAUCUUCUGUCUGCUGGAUUCUGUGGUUCAGUGAAGUGGGCGAGUUGGUUUUUAUCUGUUCUUGUGAAAUCUGAGCCUGUUUUGUUCUACAGCUUCUGUUCUCCUAAAGGCGCCUGUGGGGUUGUUGUUUUUUUUUAAAUGUCAAUCUCUUACUUUAAUAAUAUUCAAAGGUAAAUAUUAUGUGUGGUGAUUUCAUUUAAUCCUUCUUUUCUCAAAUUAGCAUUGUUUUUCUUCCUCCCCCUGCCCCAGUCCUCUGGUGCCUACCUGAUUGUGCAUGAGUUCUCAGAAAUAAUUGCCAGUAGUUCAGCAAGUUCAUUAACUGGUUCCCCGAAGACCCUCAGAUGCAUGUCAUCCAGACCCGGUGAUUUGUAUAUUAAAUUUUAGUGAGUAUUCCCUCACCUGAUUUUUUGUAUGAACAACUGUAUCAUCAAGCCUGUGUUAUUUCCAACUGUCAGUAUCUCUUUCUUGCUGUGUGUAAAUUGAUUCUGAAACCCGUUGGCUGUGUUAGUCAUUGCUCAUUUUCCCUCCUGGUUGCCAGAUCCGCCCUUGCCUUGGUGCUGCUCCCCUGCGGUGCCCUGAACUUGACACAACACCAUUUCCCCUGCCUUCUUCCACACCAGCAGCCGGCAGGUCACUGCUGUCUCAAACCCUUGGCUGCUCCUGCAUUUUGUCCAGCUGUGCCAUACUGGUGCUCCCCCAGCUCCCGUUCCUCUGCGGGUCCUCAGGAAGCCCUUGGACUGCCCCUCCAGGUCUUUGCGGGGUCCGGAGAGGCGGGAUCAAUGGCUCUGAUUCUUCGGCAGCAGUAGCCUUGGCUUGUUUUAGGACAUUCCAGCUGUCUCCCACACUUGGCGGCCAUCAUAUGUCCUUUUGUUGCACCGUGCUCCUCAGAUUUUUCCGAGAAUGAAUGUCGUGAACCACUGUACCUGUGCUACAGCCCAUUGCUUAACCGCACUGUGCAGUUUAUAAUCACGGCCAUCGAAAUUAGCCGAGAGGCUAAAAGAGCCAAGAGGAUAUAUACCUUAGAGUAUCUCAGCUGUAGUACAGCCGCCUCGUAUUAUCUGACUCUCACAAACGAUUCUUUCAAUCAAAAAAUAGAUGGCUUCUCAUGCAUUUAAUUUAGAUUUGUCUACUGCUAAAUACAUGAUUGAGAUUACAUUCGUCAACGAUAUUUUUCCUCUGGCAAAAGCCUUAUGGCCAAAUCUGUCAUCACCCUGAGGACAUAACUCCUCUUCCUUCUGUCUAAUUUUCCAAGCCUUUGGUAUAUAAAUCAUAAAUGUACAGUCUGUGCAGUGUUAAAUUUUUAGGGCUCUCCCUUUAGUAGUAGUUGAAUGUGAAUAAGUAAGGACAAAAUUUGACCUUUAAAUGACUGUAAAGAGCCAAGGCAGAUACUUGGCAAGCUUUUCUUAUUGCAAUAUUAAUCAAGCAAAGAAUCAUCAUAAUCCCAGAAACUAAAUAGCCAUUGUAGUGAUUUUAUCACCAGGGAAAUUGUUCAUCUGUCAGUGAGAUUGUUACUAGGAAAGGGAAAAUAGUGAGUGUUAAAAUUGCUUUAGACCGCUGAAUCAUCGAAUCCCUCUAGACUCAAAGCUUGAAUUGUUUUUUGAGAGGGGUGGGUUGAGAGGGGUUGCUACAGGAAAGCUUUAGGUUAAUCAGUUUCAGUAACACCAGUGAAUGUGAGCCUGAUCUCUCUUGAGGGAAAGAGAAGAGUGCAUGGGAGAAGGCAAGGCUGAGAAAGGGAAGGGAAGGCUUCUGAAACUUAUUGUUUUGCCAUUUUUUGUUUCUGGAUGGCCCUUUCACAAAGGAGGAAUGUUGUUGAUGAGCGAGAGAGAGAAGGAAAUGG